CUUUGAAAAAAGGGAAAAACAAAGUUCGUGAACUUUGUUUUUUUUAGAUAAUUGCUCUUGGGUUCUUGAUUUAAAAUGCAAACUAAGAUGGUGCAGGACACAAUGGACUCCUAUCAAGGAUAUACUGAGAUUCGUGUAGAGAAGCGAGAGAAAAUUUUAUUGAUAACCUUUGACAAUCCAAAAAAGCGCAACAGCAUCAACAGAAAUGGAUACAAAGAACUUGGCAGAGUGCUGCGGGAAGUGGCCGACGACAAUGAAGUGACCAUAGUGGUUUUCACUGGGAAUGGAGAUUACUUUACAUCGGGAAACGACUUAACUCAAUCAGCAAAUUCUUCCUCGGACAUUGAGCUGUACAUCAAAGAAUCAAAUAAUAUAUUUAAAGGAAUGAUAAGGGCUUUAAUUGACUGUCCUAAACCAACAUUAUCGUUGGUAAAUGGACCAUGCAUUGGCGUUGGAGCAACGCUAACAGCAUUAUGCGACAUAGCGUGGUGUUCAUCAACGGCUUAUUUCCUAACGCCGUUUACUAAAUUGGGGAUUGUACCGGAAGGAUGUUCUUCGUAUUUGUUCGCAUUAAUACUUGGACGGUCAAAAGCGAGCGAGAUGCUGUUGAUGUCAGAAAAACUGACUGCUGAGGAAGCUUACCAUUAUAAUUUCGUAUCAAAAGUUUUCGAUUUGACUGAAUUGGAUACGGUUGUUUGGCCAAAGAUUAGAGAAUUCUCAGAAUUGCCUCCGGAUUCAUUAAGAGUUUCUAAAUCGCUUAUGCGGUUAAAUGAACGAGAUGUCUUGUAUCGUACAUUGGAUGCAGAAAAUGAAGAACUUUACAAACGAUUUUUCUCUGAAGAGUUUGCCAACGCAGUGAUAGCUUUUGCAACGCGGAAAAAGAGAUCCAAAUUGUGAAAUGUGGCAAUGAUCCAAACAUCUUAAAAUUGCACAAAUCUGUGUCCAAAAGUUGCGCCUUUGAAAAUUUGUAACCUAAUCAUAUUUAAUUUUAAAAUGAUGGCAGUUACCGUGUCUCACAGCCUUAAAAUAUGUAUAUGUAGAAUGGACUAAAUAUUUAGCUGUAAAUGUAUGCGUAAUUUGAAUUUCAACCGUGAGCGUCCAGGCUAAAUAAAACAAAAAUAUUUAAUGUAUUUAAUAUUGGAAUAAAAAUUUUAA